UAAAAGAAAACUAUACAAUGCGUACUAAGAAUUUUGUGUUAUUCCAGGUACCCGGGCAUGGAUAUAUCCUCGUGAUCUUGACGUGGGACGGCAAGACCUUAACCCUCACUGUAUACCAAGGAAUCAAUGUGUACCAGGACUCUGCUACGGUACCAGAUGAUCCCGACAACGAUUACAUAUGGUCUCUCGUUUGUUUACCAGCACAGCCGCUAUUCGUGGGUCACGUGCCGUGGCCGUUCGACGAUGAUCCAGCUAUCCCUGGAAGCUAUUCUGGCAAUAUUUGUUUGCUCUACUUUACCGACAAAUUGUAUGAUAACGCUGAUGCUGCCAAGGCCGACGUCCUCCUUGAUUACGUUGGACCACCUGUUUAAUAACUGGUGGAUAUCA